AUGCGGUGGGUUAGUGGUGAAGGUUGGGGUACCAGUUGUGGCGGUGUUGGUAUAGGUGGUGCUGGUAUUGGUGGCGCUGGUAGUGGUGGUGUUGGUAUUGGUGGCGCUGGUAUUGGUGGCGCUGGUAUUGGUGGCGCUGGUAUUGGUGGCGCUAGUAUUGGUGAUGAUGCUACUGAGCCUGGGCCGACCAAGACAAGAAGUGAUUGCACAAACGGCGUUGGUAUAGGCGGUGCUGGUAUUGGUGGUGUUGGUAUAGGUGGUGCUGUUAUUGAUGGCGCUGGUAUUGGUGGUGCUGGUAUUGGUGGUGCUGGUAUUGGUGGCGCUGGUAUUGGUGGCCCUGGUAUUGGCGGCGCUAGUAGUUAUGAUGCUACUGAGCCUCGUCCGACCAAGAAAAGAAGUGAUUGCACAAACGGGGCCAUGGUAAGAGACAUUUCAUGCAGUAGCGAACAUUGUUGCCACUAA